AUGGCCGAGAAGGGCAACUGUAUUGCUAGUGUCUACGGGUAUGACCUUGGCGGGCGCUUCGUCGACUUCCAACCCCUGGGCUUCGGCGUCAAUGGGCUGGUGCUGUCGGCUGUGGACAGCAGAUCCUGCCGGAAGGUGGCCGUAAAAAAGAUAACCCUGAGCGAUGCCCGCAGCAUGAAACAUGCGCUCCGGGAAAUCAAGAUCAUCAGGCGUCUGGACCACGACAACAUCGUGAAGGUGCAUGAGGUGCUAGGCCCCAAGGGCACCGACCUGCAGGGUGAGCUGUUCAACUUCAGCGUGGCCUACAUUGUCCAGGAGUACAUGGAGACAGACCUGGCACGCCUGCUGGAGCAGGGCACACUGACUGAGGAGCACGCAAAACUCUUCAUGUACCAGCUGCUACGCGGCCUCAAGUAUAUCCACUCGGCCAAUGUGCUGCACAGGGACCUGAAGCCUGCCAACAUCUUCAUCAGCACUGAGGACCUCGUGCUCAAGAUCGGGGAUUUUGGCUUGGCAAGGAUUGUCGACCAGCAUUAUUCCCACAAGGGUUACCUGUCAGAAGGAUUAGUGACCAAGUGGUACCGCUCACCCCGCCUGCUUCUCUCCCCAAACAACUACACCAAAGCCAUCGACAUGUGGGCUGCCGGCUGCAUCCUGGCCGAGAUGCUCACGGGAAGAAUGCUCUUUGCUGGGGCUCACGAACUGGAGCAGAUGCAGCUCAUCCUGGAGACCAUCCCUGUGAUCCACGAGGAGGACAAGGACGAACUGCUCAAGGUCAUACCUUCCUUCAUCAGCAGCACCUGGGAGGUGAAGAGGCCACUGCGCAAGCUGCUCCCUGAAGUGAACAGUGAAGCCAUUGACUUUCUGGAGAAGAUCCUGACCUUUAACCCCAUGGAUCGCUUAACAGCCGAGAUGGGGCUACAGCACCCCUAUAUGAGCCCCUACUCGUGCCCUGAGGAUGAGCCCACCUCACAACAUCCCUUCCGCAUCGAGGAUGAGAUAGAUGACAUCCUGCUGAGAGCCACCAACCAGAGCCAGCUCUCCAACUGGGACAGGUGCAGUUCCAGGGACCCACAUCCCGCCCUCCUGUACCCUGUGAGCCUGUCAUCGGACCUAGAGUGGCGGCCUGACCGGUGCCAGGAUACUAGCGAGGUGCAGCGUGACCCGCGCGCGGGCUCGGCGCCGCUGGCCGAGGACGUGCAGGUGGACCCGCGCAAGGACUCACAGAGCAGCUCAGAGCGCUUCCUGGAGCAGUCGCACUCGUCCAUGGAACGCGCUUUCGAGGUCGACUACGGCCGAUCCUGCGACUACAAGGUGGGCUCGCCGUCCUACCUAGACAAGCUGCUCUGGCGAGACAACAAGCCGCACCACUACUCGGAGCCCAAGCUCAUCCUCGACCUAUCACACUGGAAGCAGGCGGCCGGCGCGCCCCCUACAGCCACGGUGGCUGCAGACGCGGUAGCACGCGACGAGGAGCCAGCCAGCCUCUUCCUGGAGAUUGCCCAGUGGGUCAAGAGCACACAGGGCGGCCCCGAGCGCUCCAGCCCGCCCCCUGAUGGUCCCGAGCGCUGCCUGGCUACCUCACCCCCGAGCCACCCGGACCCUGGUGACAGUGGUGCCAGCCCCCAGUUCGACCUGGACGUGUUCAUCUCCCGCGCGCUCAAGCUCUGCACUAAGCCCGAAGACCUGCCGGACAAUAAACUCGGUGAUCUCAAUGGCGCGUGCAUCUCCGAACACCCUGGCGACCUUGUGCAGACGGAGGCCUUCUCCAAAGAAAGGUGGUGA